GACUGUUUUGAUGCAGUUGGCAAAAAUAUUAGAGAGGGCAUUAACCUGUAAAAACAUCGGCAGAAGCGUAUGUUCGUGAGUGUUUCGAAUUUCCCCGGUACGGAUGUGUAACGUUACGCAAGAAAACGCCAAAUUCUUUGCUUGUAGAAAUGUUCGCCUUUGUUUUCACUAGCAUUGCGUGCUACUGUUUUUAGCCCUGGCCAAGUGGCAUGGCGUGAAUUCCGCAAACCCAAAGAACCAAUGUUAAGAAUGCGUCGAGCUAGCUAACGUGAUAUUUUGAUACUGUCUGCCGGUUAUUAUUAGCUAUGAACGUUAUUCCCUUAUGUCGACCUGUGCUGCUGUUUCCUUCUGGACCUUACAGAUAAAGUAGCACUUACAAGCUGCCUCUCAGUCACUGUUUGCAGGACGGGACUAGCCGAAAUGGACGCCCCAGCUCCAUCACCCCAGAAAGAUUUCUAGCGGUGACACCAGCGACUCCAGUCUGCCACAUCCUGGCCCCGCACAAACGCAAGGACCCAAACCGUGGCUUCCUUUCUUUUCUAUGACACACCCAAUUUAUGCCCAGCUAGAUUCGGUAGAAUCUCUGUUGGACGAACUUCCAUAUAUGUUUUAUCUGGGCCUGUUCUUUGUGAACGUCCUGAUCCUCUACUAUGCCUUUCUGAUGGAGUACAUCGUCCUGAAUGUGGGGAUAGUAUUUCUGCCUGAGGACAUGGACCAGGCGCUGGUGGACCUCGGGGUACUGUCCGACCCGGCCUCUGUGCCCUAUGACGCGGACACAGAGCUGGAUGUGUUUGAGGGGUAUCUUGAGUAACAGUGCAAAAAAUAAAUGUACAGUUCAUUCAGAAAGUAUUGAGACACCUGCACUUUAUUUCUUUACAUUAUUUUGCAGCCUUAUGCUAAAAUCGUUUACAUUAAUUUCCCCCUCAUUAAUCUGCACUCAAUACCCCAGAAUCACAAAGAGAAAACAGGAUUUUACACAUUUUAGCAAAUUUACUAAAGGGAAAAAAACUGAUAACACUGACUAAUUAUGCAGACCCUUUGCUAUAAUGCAGUUUAGCUCAGGUUUCUCCCAUUUCUCUUGAUCAUCUUUGAGAUGUUACCACACCUUGAUUGGAGUCCACCUGUUGAAAAUUCAAUUCAUUGGAUACGAUUUGGAACGGUACGCACAGCUGACAAUGCACAUGACGUCUGCCAAGAAACUGCCUGCAGAGCUCAGAGACAGGAUUGUGUUGAUACACAAAUCUGGGGAAGAAAAAUACUUUCUGCUGUGUUGUAGGUUUCCAAGGGGCCAGGGGCUUCCAUAAUUCUUAAAUGGAAGAACCUUCAUAGAGCUGGCUGCCCGGCCAAACUAAACAAUCAGGUGAGGCCUUGACAAGAGAUGGGACCACGAACUCUGUGGUCCCCCUGGCUGAGCUCCAGAGAUCCUGUAUGGAGAUGGGAGAAACUUCCAGGACAACCAUCACUGCAACACUCUACUGAUCUGGACUUAAUGGCAGUUGGCCAGACAGAAGUUUCUCCUCAGUGGAAGAUGCAUGAAAGCCUGCUUAGAGUUUGCAAAGAAACACCUAACGGACUCUCAGACUGUGAGAAACGAGAUUCUCUGGUAUGGAACCAAGAGUGAACUUCUUGGCCUCUGUUCUGAGCAACAUGUCAGGCGGAAACCAGACACCACUCAUCACCUGUGCAAUACCAUCCCAAUGGACUCGAGGCUGUAUGCUACCAAAGGUAUUUCAGCUAAGUACUGAGUUCUUCUGAGUUUUUCUUUUUAACACAUUUGCAAAAUCAAAAGUCCUGUUUUUGCUUUGUCAUUCUUUUUUUAUCAACAUAGUUUUGUCAUUAGGCUGCAAAGUAACAAAGUGUGCAAAAAGUGCAGGGGUCUGAAAACCUUCUGAAUGCACUGUAAGUGGUGGUGAUGCAGAGGUCCAGGGCAGACUGGACCAGUGUCAACAAUCUCUGAUGCUCUUUCUGCCUUUUUCUCAGACAUAUCAGUGGAAAAGUUGCCUCGGCUCAAAAGAAGGUAGCCUGAGGAAGAGAUAUUCAGGCCUGCGUCUGUUCCGCAGGAAGAGCACUCUGCACUGGAUCGACUGUCAGUCUCUUGCCAUUCUAAAAGCAAUUGACUGCAGUCGGACACCAUGGGGUUAGCACUGGCAUCUUUGUUGCCCACUUUGGACACAAUUAAAGAUAAAAAGGAACCACGAUGUGUUGCUAGUGGAAAGAGACAGCUUUUUUCCUUGUGGAUGAAAAAUGGACGUACCAGAGAUGUGGAGGAUGAUUCAGGUCGUCUGCAUUGCAACCAGUUCAGAUACACUUUACACUGAGCAGUUACCUGGGCUGCGCAAGAUCUAUUAGCAGGCUGCUGAAGGAAGUGAAUUAAAAAUUGCCACUUCAAUCACAGUGUGACAUCUCAGAAGAACUGGCAACUUGUUUCCACUGUGUGUCCUUUUGUUUUAAUUUUCAAAAAACAGAUUGUGUUGCUGCUUUGCAGGUUCACUCAUCCGUGAGGUGUAAUUUCAAAUGUGUCCAUACUGUAUGUCUUUCAGGGAUGUACACACUUGACUCUCAGGAGCACAGUUAGGAACUUGUGCACUGGUAAGACAUAACACUGACACUGGCCAUAGGCUGUGCCUACAGGAUUAUGGGACAGGCUUUAAUAUUUUUAAAGCUCCCUAAUGAAUCAGGAGCACCAUCCCACACUCACCUAACUCUUUAAUACUCUCUGCAUUACAGUAAAGUGUGUAAGGAGAGUUAUUUCUUAGUCUUCUGAUAACCUAUAUCGCAUUAAUAUUUGGGGGCAUAUGCAAAUUUCUUUUCCACUUAAAGUUAACUAAUAGAUUAGUUAAAGCAGCUGUGAUCACAGCUGGCCAAAUGUGUCAAACUGUUAUCAGUAUGAGUAGUGUCAAAGGCUGAAACCGCCUUAAGAGCCCCAGAAGAAGUGCUUCAGAUAUUUGACUUUUUCAUCCAUUUGUUGUAUUUUUUUAAUAACGUUAAAAAUUUGUGUUUGACAGAAAAACACUACGCAUGAUGUUAGUUGGAUGUUUAAAAAAAAAAAAAAAAUCUUAAUUGUGUUUUAUUGCACUUCUGUUUACUUUUUUAAAAUUUAGAAUUCUAUUCAUAAAAUGUAUAUUCUUGGCAGCAAUAAUUUACUGGAUUUAAGCAAUGGGGCAGUUCAAUGGUAAGAUUGAGAUCCUACACAAUUGUGAAAUUAUGCCACCUGGAUGAGUGGAAGAAGAUCGCCUUGUGUCAGUGAAAUUUUUGUAAAGGGAUAGAUCACUUGAUUUACUAGAUUUUUGUAAGCCUUGAAAGUACUGUACAUGCUGUAGGUCUGUGAACAGCAGUUAUAGCCCAGCUAAUUAACUACAUGUUGAUUUUGGAAGCAAUAUUUUCUCAAUGAAUACAGGAUGUGUCUGCCAGAAUAAGCAACGUGUGCAUAGAAAUCAUCGCAAUGCAUUUGUUGUCCAACAAAUAACUGACACUUCACAGACAAAAAUGUUUCAAAACAUUUGCACAUGCAGGUUUCAUACUCCAAACAAACUUUUGUUCUGACACUGCCUGACUUGUCAGUGUUUUGAACAUUACAUUCCGCUAGACAACCUUUCACCGAGAUGGACCAACACUUGGUACACUAAGUGUAGCCAAAUAAUUGUUCACAGCCGCAUCACGUGACGAAAUAGAAAGAAAAGCCCAUGCUGCAACUCAAGAUCAAGGAUGUAAGAAACAGUUGUCAAACAUGUUGACGGCAGUGCAGUUUAGGAGGAAUAGGUUUUGAGAUCAAACAUUUUGUUAUGCCAUGCAAGGCUGUUUUUCAAAGAGUUCAUACCAGAACUCAACCUGUAUCGAUUAAUGACGGCUGAAAACCAAAUUCAUUCUUUUUGGAUUGACUGUGCUUGUAGUAAGCAAUAUUUUGGGGUGACAUUAACAAUGUUUCGAUUGGAUUGUGUAAACCAGUGUCCAUAAGAAUUAUAUCUUUGGCAGGAUGAAAAUUCAUCUGAAACUGCAUUUAGAUCACGUGAUGAUGAAGCUCAGGACACAUAUUCAGUGUAAAACAUGUUUGUAUGGAAUUUGAUCAAAAAUUCCUAAAAUGAUACCAGGUAAGGGCUUACUGUAGAGGAACAAUGAAACAAUAUGUAUUCAGAAAAGUAAUCAAACUGCUAAGGUCAAUGUCAGAACAAUAAGUCUGGUAUUAAAGUUGAAAAAUGUUUAGAAAUCACUAGUUGCAGCUAAAACUGUGCCCUUCCCUGGGCAAUACAAAACGCUGCUGUCAGGUUCUGAUCAACUCUGCUCACAGCAUCUUAGCUUAGAGGAAACUUAUGAGACUUCAUGAGGACUGUGAUGGAUGAGAACCUUUGCUUGGAUUGUUGGAUGUCUCAUCACCAUGGACAUACAGCCUUUACCCAGCCUCCACAUCUGCUUCUUUGCAGACAUGCACAUGCUAUAGCCUAAUAAGCUAAGGAUCGUAACAGAGUUUUAUUUUACGAUGUGUAUUUAAUAAACUUUGAGUGAAUGCCA